AUGGCUAUUCUUAAACUUUCCUUUGUCUUCCUGGCACUUUUAUCCUUUGUCAUUGCAGAUGGCUUCAUGCCUUAUGCCCGCUAUAUCAUGACAUCGAAAUACCUAACAGAUGAUGGUAAGAAGAUAAAAGAUUCAAUCGGGGAAGGCAAAAACUUAUAUGAGCUUAGUGGCAAACCGAUACCUGCUCAAUGUGAAUAUACUAAAGUAAAAGGUGAUGGUUUUAGACUAAUUGGGGAUCUUACUCCCCCCCCCCCUCCGUGAGCGAACAAAACCAUUAGAAAAAUCGCCAUUUUUUGACCAAAAACCCACCCUCCGUGAGUGAACAAAAAUUUUUUUUAAUAUAGAAAAAAUUUUAAUGGAAAAAAAUUUUGAUAUAUAAGUGAUAAUUAGUAUAAUGAAAUCUAGAGCUAAUUCUGUUUAAUUUUAAACAAAUUGCGUUUUAAAACAUAAAUUUUGCAAAUUAAAUUAAUAUUGCUUCCCAAUUUUUGCAAAUUAGGAUUUUUUUAAAUUUCGAAAAAAAUAUUUUUUAUAUAAAAUUUAUAUAUAUAAAUUUUUUAAAAAAAAAAAAAAUUAACCCCCCUCCGUGAGCGAACAAAUUUUUUUUGUUCGCUCACGGAGGGGGGGGGGGGAGUUAGAGACUUUGUGUCGUUUUUCACAACAGAUAUUACUAUUUCGGUUUGGUAUUAUAAUGAUGAUUAUAAUAAGGGCGGGCGGCCUUUUUCCUUUUUAGACUCCCUCACUCCCCUUUCAAAUUAGGAAAAAAAAUAUUGGAAAAUUUAAACUUUCACCUUGAAAAUUUUAUAGGUGAAAUUAAUAAUUUCUAUAUCAAUAGCUUUGACCCACUAUAAUCUUGAAAUGCAAGUAGAAUGCUGUUUAAAAAGUUGCCACUCUGAUUGAUUAAUUUUAUGAAUGAAUCCUUUCGAAAAAUAAGUUAAAACUCAAAAAAAAUUAUUUAAUUUAAUUUAGAAAUUUAUAAAAAAUUUUAUAAUAACCCUAAAAAUUGAAAAGUAUUUUUGGUUCUAAAUCAAUAGGGGAGCUAGUAAGCUUAAUGAUGGUUACCAGAUAAUGGUAGAAUACGAUAAACUUAAAGCUUCUUAUAAAGAUUUUCAUGAAGUGCACAAUAAGAAGCAUGAUUUUUCUUUUCCGACUCCCUGUAAAUUUUAUUUAGAUGGUUGGAACCUCUUCACAUUUCAUUGGAACGACAACUUGGGUGCAGUUACAUGGUCAAUUUAUACACAAGAUUUUUCAAAGAGAAUAACAUCUGAAAAUCCUUGGUACGAAUUGCCUAAUUAUUUUAGCCUUGGGUAUAAUACUUUUGGAUACUUUUAUGAGAUACAGAUUACCAAGGGUGCGUUAGCCAGCUAUGAUAAGCUUCAUCAUGAAUAUUCAAUAAAGCUGAUUGAUGGCAGAGGCAAUGAAGCUGCUGGAGCUAUUAAUUCUGAUAUAGGACCUUGUAAUUUAAAACAUCCUGAAAUGGGAUGCUUGAGCGUAACAUGCUGCCAGUUUCCAGAAAACUGUGACAUAUUUGAAGUCUAUGGAAACUGCAAGGCAUGCAGCGAUUUACUUCCAAGAAAUCAAUAA